AUGACGAAUAACAUCCCCGAAAUCCUCCUACUCUGCAUGGACAUCGACUUCAUAACAGCCUUCAACGAUGCCCUCAAAACAACCUGGCCAGACCACAACCCAGAAAAACUAAAGAUAACCCCAAUAAAUGAGCGCCUCAAUUCCCUCCCAGAAGACGCAACCUUUGGCCUGAUUGUCUCACCAGCAAACUCCUACGCCCGUCUCGACGGAGCCUUCGACCACGCCAUCUCAAUGACCUUCAGCCCACGACAGGACUACCACGCUCUGACACGCGCAGCGCAAACAGUCCUGUAUGAGAAAUGGCGCGGUUUUGCGCCUCCAGGCUCAUGCACGCUUGUCGAGUUCCCGGAUGACCUAAAGCAGAAUAAAUACGGCUGCAGAUGGGUGGCUAUUUGUCCGACAAUCCGUGAGCCUGGGGAUGUCCGGUGGGACCGGGAGAUCGUUUAUGAGUGUGUUUGGAGCUUGUUGUGUCAGGUUGAGGGGCAUAAUCGUGCUACGGGAGGGGAGGGGAAGAUUGGCAGGAUCCUUAUGACGCCGGUGGCUGUUGGGGUUGGGAAGGUUAGUAAAGAGCGCUGGGCGGUGCAGACGGUGCUCGCACUGAGGCAGUUUGUUGAUGCUGUUGAGAGGCCUGCGAGGUGGGGAAAUUUGGGGUGGAAGGAGAUCGAUGAGGAUAGCCUUGAGAUUGAGAGGACUUGGGCGUUGUGA